UAAUGUUGUAAUUGUGUGCAAAAAGAAAAGAAAGAACAAAACAACAGAGCCAGUGCAAGGUGAAAGCAAAAAGCAAAAAGACCAAACCACAUUACGUACCUAAUGGGCAACUUCGUGAGCAGACAAAAUGCAGCUGUCGAGGAAGCAGAUCAUCCUACUAACCAUGCCUACAAAUAUCCGCCACGCAUGGGCAACUUCUUUGGCAGUCACUUCAUAAUGGGCGGUGAACGUUUCGACACGCCCCAACCCGAAUCAUACUUGUUUGGUGAAAAUGCAGAUCUUAAUUUUCUGGGCAGUCGACCCACAGCGUUUCCCUAUCCUCCGCCACAAGCGAAUGAACCAACCAAGACGCUUAAGAGUCUGGUCAACAUACGCAAAGAGUCCGUGCGCUUUGUGCGUAUACCAAAUGACAAAAAGCCCACAGACAGCGAUAUCGAUGCAUUGAAAGAGAAGAAAAAGAAGCUCAAAGAGGGCAACAUUGAAGAAGUGGACGGAAAUGUAAUGUGCAGCAUGACGGGCGGUGUCGAUAUAGAUGCAGUGCCUCCCACAUGCUGCUAUAACGUUGAAUUCACAUUCGAUUCGGAUGCCAAGUGCGCGAUCACUGUUUAUUACUUUUGUAGUGAGGAUGUUAGCCCCAGCGGUGUGACAUUGUCGCCACGCGAGGGACUUACGCUCACCUCGGAUACGUAUCACUACGAGAAGGGCAUCAACCAGAGCUUCUCACAGCCCGGACAUAUAUUUAACCCGCAACUCAUACCCGAAGAUGAACUUAUCUACAAUUCUGGUCGCGAGCAAUAUCCUGUGGCCAUACACUGCGUCAUCGAGGAGGGCAACGACGAGUGCCGCCAAUCGCACACCACAAUUUGCGUCAUUGAUCAUCAUCCGGAGACCAAUAGCUAUGUGCUGCGUGCUCUGAAGCAGAAAAUCUUUGUCGACGGCCUUUGUUAUUUGCUGCAGGAGAUCUAUGGCAUUGAGAACAAGGCAGUGAACAAAUCCUCAAUUGAUGAGGAUAUCGAUGAUCAUGGCAGCGAGUGCGUCAUUUGCAUGAGCGAAACGCGUGACACUCUCAUACUGCCCUGCCGCCAUCUCUGUCUCUGCAACUCGUGCGCUGACUCGUUGCGCUACCAGGCCAACAAUUGUCCCAUUUGUCGUGCCCCAUUCCGUGCGCUCUUGCAAAUCCGUGCCGUGCAGAAAGGCAUCAGCACGCAUAUGUUGCACCAGAACACGCCCACUUCGGGCGGCGAGCCAGCGCCUGUCGAUGUGCCGCCUGGCUAUAUACCCGUCUCGCUCAUUGAGGCGCUCAAUGGUCCGCCACAGUAUGUGGCACGCGCUAGAAACAGCGAACAUGAUAUAACGGAUAGCAGCGCCACUGCAGCCGCUUCGACAAUGACCACUGGUGACAUCAAGCCCACAUCACCGAUCAAGUCGAGCAGUCAGCGUCGGCCAAAGAUCAAGAAGAAUGCUUCGACAUGCACCACCACCAACGAAGUGGGCACCAUUACCAAUACCGCUGGUGGGGGCGGCGGCGGCGGCGCCUCCUCGGCGCUGUCGGUCGUUGAAAUUGAAAGUGAUCCGAAAAAGUCCGCAGCCACAUCGCCCAUGUCGCCACCAACGCCAACGCUAAGCUGCUCGUCGGACAAACAAGAGCUGCAUAUUGUUAAUGAACGUCAUGCGGGUCUUAAGUAUCAGAAGCGCAACCACAACGAAGGUGAUGAUGAGGAUAGUGAAAAUGAGAAAUUAUCGCCGCUGCUUUCGCCUGGAAGUCGCAGCAAGCACAAUUCAACUAAAUCGCUCAAGCAGGUGGUGGCGAGCUUAGGCGACGACGAUGAAGAUGAUGUAGUGGUCAAUGAGGCUGCAACUCCAACUAGCACUCCGGAUGCAGAGUCUCAGCCAGUGCGCAAGAGCUCAUCAUUAAAGCGCACAAAUCAACGUCCCGAACUGGCAGAUGAGAAUACGCCCAGCAUGGAGAGUGGCUCACUGGCAAACAAUCUAAGUGCCGAAGACUCCGACUACUAUACGCCGGAGGACACUCAGAACACAAUACUCAGUCCGCUCUGUUCGAAUGAGCGGGCCAAGAGUGGCGAUCCGCUUUGUGGCGCCACCACAAUUACCAAUCGCAGCAGCACCAAUUUGAGUGCACCCAAUGCCGUCGUCGUGGGCUUUGUAAGCGGCGUCAAGAAGAACGCCGCUGCCGCUCUUCACAAGAAAUCCACAUCGGUGGGCAAUAUUGUGGGACCAGGCGGGCCAGUUGAUCUAAAGAGCAACAAUGUUAGCUCACUACCGGAUAUGCUGGACAGUCCGGUGAGCGGUAAUUCGGCAUCGACGCGUAGCUCAAGCGACAGCUACUCAUCCAGUUCAUCAACCAAGCAGCUUCUUAGCUCCAAUCCAACCACAACAUCGACGGCCAAUAUUAUUGUUGAUGACAAGACUGCUUUGCAGAAUGCCGUCAAUGUUUGAGAUUAUCAUCUCCACUCUACUGACUAUCCAUUUAACGAAAAUCGUGCUGCAUAUGUGCAAACAAUUGUUUCAUACAUAGCAUAAAAUGUGUAAACCUUUCGGAAUGACAAGUGUCUGCAUAUAUGUAGGUAUGUACUUAUAUGAUAAUGUUUUAUUUAUUUGUAGCGCCUAAUCUUAGUUAAAUCAGUGCCGCUUCCCCUUUGGGCCAUAGACCAGCGUGCAAUAAACACACAGUUAUAUACACACAUAGUGAAGCACUUUAACAGCAACAGUAUACAACAUUAAAUAUAUAUACAAAUAUAUUAU